UGAAACUCGGGGUGUGCGUAUAUAUUCGGUCCUUCGUCCACAACGAACUCUGAAGUCCGAACACAAACGGAGAGAGAGAGAGAAAAAAUGGCGUUGAGAGCAGCUUUGAUUCGUCACCUCCGGGUUCCCGUCCAAACCCUUUCUCCCGCCGGCCGAGUCUCUCAGCCGUCGGUGGCCAACAGCCUCUUCGGUUCCAUCCGGUUCAUGUCAUCGCACGACGACCAUCUCAGCAAGGAAGAUGUCGCCGACAGAGUCCUCUCCGUCGUCAAGAGCUUCCCUAAAGUCGAUCCGUCCAAGUUCAUCUGCCGUUGUAGAUCCAAUACAGUACGAUAAUCAAAAUGACCUGAGGAAGUGAAGUGAAUCUUCACUCUCCGAUUGUACGGGAAAGGGGUUAAUUAAGAUAGGUGACCCCUGACGUACAUUUCCAGAGUGAUCUAGGGCUGGACAGCUUGGACAAUGUCGAGAUUUUGAUGGCUUUGGAAGAGGAAUUCAAGCUGGAGAUUCCCGACAAGGAAGCUGACAAAAUCGAUUCCUGCAAACUCGCUAUCGAGUACAUUCAUAACCAUCCGAUGGCUAGUUGAAACUACACGAGCCUGUGUUCAUGAGUUUUUUUGUUUUGUUUUGUUACCGUUCUUUCCCAGUGGACAUCAGGACAUGUAUCAGCUGUAUUCAUGUUUAGACUUUGCUGUCCCUGUGUUCCGUUCUGAAUUAGUUCUCCAAAUUUUUUUUGGCAGAGAGAAUAAUCUGAAACUGGGUUUUUCAUAGGAGUAGAGCUUUGGGUUAUUGACUUGAUAGGCUUGUGUCUUUGGGUUACUGGUACACGGUGCAGUGGCGGUUCAUUCGCUACUGUAUUGCCCAAAGUUCUAUUUUUGGCCCUUGAUUUUGGCAUCUUGAAACUCUGCAUCUUCUUUCUUCCACUUCUAUGAAUGCAAUCCUCUCUCCAGUUUCGUAUUUGUUGCGAACAUUCGAUCAUGUACAAUGCAACGAUAUCUCUAGACAAUACGGAGUAAAGUUUCGCACUUAAACUUCUCCUAACCAACAUGACCCUGUCAAGAAAUCAUCACAUCAUCCCUUUCAAUCCACC